CGUUAGUGCAGUCACGUGCGGUACAGAGUACAGUACGGGCGAUCAAAUUCGCUGUUAGCGAUUACAUUCGCAGAUGAUUCUCAGUAUUCAGUAUCUUAGUCUGAAUCCAUGUCAUUUCUUAUGUCAUCUGUGUGAUACAUGUCAUGCGUACAUAUCACGUUGCAUUAAACGAUAUUAUAACCUUAAUUCCACAAAUCGAUUCGAGUAAUCGUCAAUGGAAUACAAAUAAUGGGAUUUACAUUUAUAAAGCCCUGUUUUAGAUAAAUUUUAGAUUUAACAAUUUCCAAUUAAUCAUGAAAAUCUAGAUAGAGAACUAUCAUCUGAAUAAACUUUAUCACUAAAUUUUAGCGUCAUGAUGAAAGGACCGAGUACGAUAACGCUGCAAAAUAUUAUAGAAUUACAUAAAUUAAGACGGGAAAUGGAUGUUCGUCUACGAUUGAUUAUAUAUAGGGAUAAUAUGAUUUUCAAUGAUAUUAUUGUCAGACUACAAGCAGUAUUUAAAUACGAUAUCGGUGAACGAUUCAAAGGACCUGCAGGGGAUAAUAUUGAAAAUACAUAUAAAAACGUAGCAAAGCCAGUUUGUCUAUGUGCAAAGGGACUCAAUUCCUACCUCGUCUCAGCUUACAUUGUAACGUUGUCAAAAUCAUUUGUUUAUCGUAAAAGUGCUAUGAAAGUGUUGAAAACAUUUCUGCGGACUUGUAAUAACUUAGCAUUUGAUGAAGGAUAUUUACAGAUAAUAUUUAUAAGAUUGAGAAUGCCAAAAAAACAAUUUUUAGAUUACAAAUGGAACGAAAAAUUAAUGCAAAUGGUUUUGGAAAAGCAAGAAACUGAUUGUGCUAUGUCUUGGUUGUCCACAUUGGGAGGAGCAUUUUCUGCAUUGGGGGAAGAAUUUAAACAUUGUGCUGAAAUAGCAGGCAAAAUUUCAGUGAGACAGUUUGAAUUAGCAUUACGUCUUGAUAAUCCUCUCCUUGUUGCUCGUUGCAGAUUAUAUUCUGCUUUAAGCUUAAUUCAACGUGGUUGCUUUACUACCCCAAAAUACAUGAUACAGAGAAUUUACAAAUUUGCACUCAGAGAGAAGGAUGUGCGUUUACAAAAUAUGUGUCUGGGUAUAUGGGCCAAGUUGCGACAUAAUUAUAAACAAUACAAACAAAAGGAGUCUGUAUCACUUAAAACUUUGCAUAUAUCCUCAAAAAUAUAGGAAAUUUGAACUUUGUAUGUGUGUUUUUAAGUAUGUUAAUAAUAUAUUAUUUUACAAGCACAGUUCUCUACAAUUUAUUGAACAUUUUCUUCUUAAUUAAAAUAAAUGUUAUAUAUUGCUUAUAACCCAACCAAAAAACAAUAGGUAGUAAUAAAUGCAAAUUGAUCUAUUGAGCAAACAUUUGCAUCAAUCAUUGGCAAGUAUUUAUUAUAAAUUUGACAUAUCUAUUUAUACAUACACGCGCAUAUAUAUUUAUAAUUCAUCUAUUGCUUUAUGUUGUAAUAUGUGCAUGUAAUUUAAAAAUUAACAUAUACAGAGGUACAAAUUCCUCUAUAUUACAUCAUACAUUGCUGCACUUACUUAGAUAACGAAAAUUCUUCAACUUGUAAGUAUGUAAUAUAAUAUAUAAAAUUGUUUGGUUUGAAUAUUUAUUUUUGGUUUUGAGAGGUUGAUGUAGUUUAUCGCAUUAAAAAAGAAAUAUUGGAAUGAUUUAGCAAAUGUUACACGAAUGAUUAGAAACUGCAGUUUUAUGCACGUGUAAAAAAAAAUAAUAACCAUUUAUAAUUCAUAAUUUCAAAUAUGGUAACUCAUGCAUUCAGUCUUGAUAAUUGACCUAAACAAUGCCUUCAUAUAUGUAAUAAAGAAGAGAUAGACUUGAAAUUCAUAUAAAUGACGAAGCCACUUAUCAAUACUACUACAUUCUCUUGUAAGGUAUAAAAUAUCUAUAUUUUGUACACUCGCUGUAUCGAAUUUUUAUUAAAUAUUUCAUUCUUCAUAUUAUGCCUCAAAUCUUUCAUCUGUAAAUUAAAACAGCUUACCACUGCAUUUAAUUAAAUCUACUUUAACAUCAAUGAGCGAGUGUGC